AAAGCUGGGAUCUAUUGAGAAUCCCAAAAACUAAAAUGCAUUUAAAAUGAAAGUGAAUGAAAAAUAAUGGGACUAAUUUUAACAACGACAGCCCUGAUCAUGUCCCACUACAAUCCCAACAAGGUUGAAAAAUGACUUGUGCAUGUGUGGAUGAAAGGUUCAAGACAGCAAGUGGAAUGAAAAGUUAAAGUCGAGCCAAAAAUAAACGAAGAGUGAUGGAUAUGAUGCAGAAUAAUGUGUAACAAACAAUUCACUGGACUAGGUGAGGAUAAUGUGAACCAUUAGGUACACAGACUGUCUCACAACUGGUGCAUGCCUGAAAGCGGCAUGCCAUUCAUCUGUGAGAACUGAUCAUAUCCAACGGACAUUGUAUGCUGCUGGUAUGCAGACAAAUCCAUGUUGGCCUUGAUUGCAUUAAGAUCCAUUGAGCUGCCCUUCAAGUCCAUGUUUCCGCCAUUCAGCUCUUCAAUCCGGUUAUCAGUAUUUAACAAGGUGUCUUCGUUGUCUACUGUAAACGCAAAAGUGAGAAUCUCGUCCAAGUCGCCACGAAUCAUUCUUUCCACCAGAUCUACAUCCUUGUCUUCUACUUCCUCACUGAGCCGAGGAAUAUCGGCCAUUGUACGAUUUUUGGCAAUUUCAGCAAUCAACCGUAACCGCAACGUGCAUGCAGAUUCUUUGUUGGCUUCCAAGGGUUUUAAAUGACGACGAAGAGCAUCACUUCGAGCAAAGCCCUUUUUG